AUGGAUCAUUCCGUUCCGUCCCCAUCUUCAAAUAAAACGAAACUGGAGAAGAGGAAGACGACCAGCUCCGAGGAUUCAUCUGGAUGUUCGAGGAUUCUGAUCGGCCUCAGAAGAAGACGGAAGAGAAUUCAGCAUCCACGGACUCGAUUCACAAGGAGCUGGGUCAAGAGUCAGAACUUUGAGUAUGCUUUUGGACCAAUCCACCAGCUAGCUCCUUUUAUAUAAAACUAUUAUUUUAAUUCUUUAAUUUUUUGUCUAACAUAAUAUAAUCCGAUUUCAGAGAGAUCCCGAAGAACAAGACGUAUGCCGAUUGGCUCUGCGACUCUUCAGAUUCUGCCACGAUGAUCCAACUGUCCAAGGUGGGCCAUCUCUUUUGGUUUUUGUGUCAAACUUUACAAACGGGAGUCUUUUGUCCAUUUCUGUCCCAAGACAAUUACUGUUUAACUCUUGAUGGGUCUGAAGAAGGGCCCGUGCGGGUCCACUUGAUCGGUCCAAAGGGAGGGACAGGUCUCUGACCGUCCAGUCCAUGCCAUGUCAGACUUUUUUUUGAGUCUGAUAAAGCCCAAGAAGAAGAAUGUGGAUGUGAUCAUCAAUCUGCAAAGUCCUCAGGUAUUCAAGGGAUCGUAGAAACGAAGGGAUUUAUUUUAAAGUGUCCCUUGUUUAAGACGUGACUGUAUUGUUUUAGACACUGACCAGAUCCCAGUCGUUAACUGGCUCUAUUACGGCUUCAAAGUCGGAAGUUAUCGACAUAGAGCCUCCAUUGAGAUGGAUUGACAACACCGAAGCCAAGUCAGUGCAUUAAAUCUUUUUUCAUUUUUAUUUUUUGUCGUAUUUUGCAGGAAUUCAGUAAUCGUUGCCUUAUCUGCCUUUUAUGCCAUGGUGAUGACAAUUUUUGCCCUUGUAUUCGAAUUGUCCCAUCUUUUGGCGGCCGAAAGAAAGAGAACGAUAGAUACCAAAGACAUGGUGAGGAUAAUAUUAUAAAUUUAAAAAAAUAGUAAAACAUCAAAGUAUUUACAUCCUCAAACUUACAGUUAUUUGGGAUGUAUAUGUAUGGGAUCAGCAUAAUUUUCCUAUUCUAUUGCUACGUCGUAUUGUUAUUACAUCCACGAUGGAAACAGACACUGAAGAAGUUUAAGAUCUGCAUCAAAAUCAGCAAAGUUAGGUGAGUAAUCGGCUACAGUAUCCCUUUAUGGACGCUUUAGUAGUUCGGAGUCGAGCCAAUCUCUUGACGACCAUUCGUAUGCUGAUGCCACUAUCUAUCGGAAGGUCACUCAUGACAGUCCGAGUGCCGGCAGUUUAUUUCUGAGGUUGGGAGCAGUCGGUAAGCGUGCUCUUCUGUCAUUAUAUUGCACCAGAGACUUCUUUUGACUAGUUAAUUUUGCUUCAGUGUUUGGUCUGAUUGGCACCGUAUACCAUUCCUUUAACGCAUUCCUUUGUACUGGAAACAGUGAGGAAUGUCAGAAACUGCAAGUGACCAUGGACGUCUUUUCCAUCGUGUUUAUCUUCACCCAGAUGCAUUUUGUUUUCUGCAAUUGGAAGAUCUCGAUAACCGGAAGUCAGACCAUCGCUCGUUUCGGGACCAUGCAUCUGGUGGCCGCGAACCUGUGGACUUGGAUCCGUUAUAUUCUCAUCGAGGAAGGGGUCAUGGAUCGGGAGAUCCGCGAGAUCUUCUCCAAGGAGGGGAAUGAGAACGCGACUCCCAAACACGCGACUUUCUCGGGCUCCAUGACCAUCGCCCAUCAUCAUCACACCAGGUAUUGUGAGGGAUCGGAAUGUAUUCUUGGCUCGCUCUCCGAGAUUAUGUACACUUCCAUGGUAGAAUACUCAUUGAUUGGGGCGGCCGUCAUGUUCAUUGUCUGGAGAAAUAUUGAUCAUGUCAAAGAGCCGACUGUUUAUGUGAGAAGGAAGCAUCAGAUACGGAUGGAUUGCUCCAAAACGACAUCUGGAUUGUUCUUUGGACUCGCUUUUCUUGCAGGAACAUUCACUUCGAUGGCUGUUUAUUACGGAUAUACCAUUCUAGGACUCACUCACGUAGCUGCUAUGGUGUUUGGAGUGACUGAUAUAGCACAGGUAUGCGCUAUGCUUGGAAAGGACUAAUGAUUUAGUAUAUCAUCGCAAGUUUUGGAUGUGUUUAUGCAUUAUAUCAAAUGCGAAACCUGAGAUAUUACAACGAAUACGACACUAAUGGAAGAAGGAAGGUGAAUCCAAACCCAAGUCAGGUAAACUAAAAGAAACAACAUAAAAUGUUCUCAGGAACUCUUGGACAUGAUAUUACUCUCACUCGGGAUGGCCGGGGAGAUGAUCUAUUCAGUCGCUGGAUUGGUAGGAUUAACAGGAGACGGGAAUUGGAACAAACUGAGCAUUAUUUUACUGGCAGUUCACAUCACAAGGAUAUGUCAGGUACAGUAACCCGACUAUAACAGUUACCGUCAUCCAGGUGGGCCUUCAAUCUUCCUUAAUCUACAUCGCUGGCAAACUGAGGAUCCAAGGAGACGAUGAAUUGAGGGAGAAACAGCCAGGGAAACAGGCGAUCACCUUCCUUUUGAUAGCCAAUAUUGCCAUGUUUUUGAUGAAUUUAUUGGAAUCUGAGAAGGCGGGGGUUAGUGAAGCUGUGGUCAACUUUUAUGGGAAGAAAAGCUGGGUGUUCUUGGUGAGAAGCUUCUCCCCGUUGACCAUCUUCUACCGAUUCCACUCUUCCGUUUGUCUGGCCGAGGUUUGGAAGAAUGCUUACUCAUGGAAGGGCUGA